CACCCCAUGAGCGUAAUCCAUCCAAAACCGCCCCAAAAGACGGAGGGAUCUUCAGUCAUAAUGGCAAAGUAUCUUCGUCCGUUUAUAACUACAGAGACAAUGACGGUUCUUUUGGCUGCAGUGUCGUUAGUCUACGUCAUAUAUAUGUGUGAAACAUUAAACAGACUUGAUAAAGUAAAGACAAAGGCAAUGAAAAACAGAUAUGUUGUGAUUGAUGUCGAUAAUCCCUUCGCACUCAUUGUAGAUGAUGCCCAGGAUACAUCUAUUUCCAUUCAAGAAAAACAAUUCAAUACACUGGGUACCCCGAGUACUGCAUGUAAAUCCGACCGGGUUCGAAAUGUUAUUAUUAUCGUGACAUCACCCUUAGAAGUCCACGCCCGAAGUGUUGUUAGGCAUAGUUGGGUGUCUGACUUAUUGAAAAAGGAUGCUAUAAUUGGAUAUUUCUUCUUGGUUGGAUCGGAGAAUAGAAAUUGGAAUCCCGAACAUCAAGCAUCACACUAUAAUGACAUCCUGAACUUCAAUGUAAAUUACAAUACUCAUAAUACAACAGAAUUGUUACUUCUUGGACUCAAAUGGGUUAUACAGAAUUGUCAAAGCGUAAAGCAUAUCACAAAAGUUCAUGGGGACAUUUUUGUGAACACACUGAAAUUUAGUAGAUUGGCAUAUUUCCUUCCAGAUUCAAAAUUUAUCGGAGGGCAAUGCUUUGGGACAUCAAAACCUAAUCGGAAUAAGGUUUCGCCAUUUUACGUCACUUUCCAAGAGUACAAAAAGGAACUAUAUCCACCAAUGUGUUCUACUUCCGCUUACAUAAUGAGUUCCGACUUGGUGCAGAAUAUACUGCAUGCUGUAGGUGAAGUUCCGCACUUCCGUUUAGAAGAUGUUUUCAUUGGACAAGUUUUGUCGCAUCUUAGAAUUACUCCGCGCAAUAUUGUAAAUUUUGUGACUGAUGAAUUAAAUGCUGCAAACUGUGACGUUAUAAGAGAUGUUUUAUUGGUGCAUGAAGCUGAUAUAGAUCACAUGUAUAGACUUUGGCGUCAAAUUAAACAAUGUUAUUCAAAUGUUACCAAAUCAGAUGAAGCACUUAUCGUAAAAUUUUCUGAACUGAAAAACUACUCACAUACUAUACUAAGGGAACAUUAAACGUCAUUUUGACAAUACGCUUUAUAUUAAGCAUGCACUCUCUCUUUUUAUUUUAUUUAUUUAUUUUGAAAAAGAGACAUACGUGUCGAUCUUUAUCAUUAGAAAUAACAUGCACUUAGAUCACUAUUAACUGUCAAAUGUAGUUUUACAUUUAAUUUAAAAUACUACAGUAUUUAAGAUUGCUUUGAGUGUAUAGUAAAGUUCCAAUCUCAUAUAAACGAAAUGCACAUUGAAGCUUUGUCAAGGGAUGUGAUGAGCGUUUUUUUCUUUCUCCA